AUGCCCGAAGGAUUAGACCCCAAAGAAGUCGCCUCCGAGACCGACCCCUCGGUUGCAAAGCAAUUCGACCGGGAGACUCCCAAAGCAGACCAGUGGAAAGAACUCUACGAGCUCAUCGAUGGCAAAAAGAUCAGCAUGCUGAACACUUACCGACAAGGAAUUGGCCCCGUUGGCCGCGCGAUGGGUAUUGUCCAACGUUCUGGACCGGACAUCUUGUACCUGGCGAACAAGCACUCGAAGAAAUUUCAAGAUCUCGAAAAGAAUAAGGAAGUCCAGAUUACCAUCCAAGACAGCAAGACACAGGACUGGAUUUCCAUCAGUGGCACCGCCACGACAACCAGCAACGACGAUCCUAGAAUCAAGGAGUUGUACAGCUCAGAAAUUAGUGCGUGGUUCGGGGAUUUGAAGGACGGUGUCCACGACGGGACAUGGAAGGAUCCCCGAAUGAGCCUGAUCGAGGUUCAAAGCAAGUAUAUCGUGUACUGGAAGAAGGAGGUCUCGAGCCUGGGAUUUUUGAAGGAGGUUGGAACUGCAGCCUUUACCGGUGGUGUGGCUCAGGUCGGGGUCCAUCGAGAGUUGACAGAGGAGGACAUUCAGAAAGAGCGUGUUUGA